AUGUGUUCCUUUGUCAUCAUCAUUGGCUUGGUCAUUGUGGUACAAGUUUAUGGAUAUCAAGAAUCGGAGAAUUUGUCCUUGACUCAAACAACAGUCAAAAACAAUGCGGACAACCCACAUCUAUUCAAUGAGGUCUAUUCAUCUAAUUGGGUUAAAUUUGGUUUGUCUUAUAAGCGUUAUGGCCCGUCAGUGCAUGAUAAAUACUAUAAUUAUGACGCCUGUCGUCUUGUUGUUCCAAUUCAUGAUAAUUACAGUUUCACAAGUGAUGGAAUCAUAGAUACAUAUGGAUAUUUGUACAACAACAGUUUUCAUCCAUCUUCUCCAGAUCAGAAUCUGCUGUUUGCUGAUGAUGAUAGUGGUGGCAAUGGGCAAUUUCGAUUUACAGUUUCUCUAGUUCCUAAUGUGACAUAUAUAUUGGUUGUUACAACAGGAAUGGGUCACACAUAUCAACAACAGCAUCAAACGAUACGUCUUCUUCGAUGA